AAUAUUUCGAAGAUGGUGAAGACACGCCCAGCACUCCUUCUUUCCCUCCUCACCCUCGCCACCACCGCCACAGCCUUCAGUCCCUACGAGCGUGGCCCUCACAACACCACACACAUCCACAUCAGCACCGCAGACAACCCUGAGCUGGUGGAGGAGGUGGAGGUGUGGGUGCCUGUCAAUGUUGGCCUCUACAACGUUUUCUAUUUCCUCAGUGGAAUAACAGAGACUACACAACUACCAGCUUAUGCUUAUAGUGAGCUAUUUGACCACAUAGCCUCCCAUGGGAUAGCUGUCGUGGCCCCCUGGAGCCUCAUCCUGCCCGACAACCCCGUGGACAAGGUGUCGUACCUGGAGUCUGUGAUGGAGUGGACUUACCACAACCUUAACAGACAGCUACACCACAAUGGAUUGGGGUUGGGUGUGUUGCUGUUUCUGGAGCACUACUUGAUGGGCGCACACUCAGCAGCGGCGUACGUACAAGUGGAAUACCUGAAGAAGACCUGCUAUAGAGUGAUGGGGCAGGUGUUGGUGAGUCCUGUGGAUGGCAUGGAUAGCUUCUGCAUCAAUCCUGGCACCUUCCUCAACUAUGGCAACCCGACCCUUGUCCUUGGUACUGGCUACGAUGCAGUGCCUGGAGAAUCUGGAGUGGCAUGCGCGCCGGAUGAACUCAGUAACGACAGAUUCUACAACGCUGUUGACCCAGAAAUGACCUCGAAGUGGUCCAUCAAGGCUCCACGUUUCGGCCACGCUGAUUUAAUGGACCAGUAUUAUAUAAACCUCGUGGAAGAGACUGGUUACUGUGGCUAUAACUCUGAACUGACACACGAGGAGCAUGAUGUCUAUAGGAGAUUUGUUGGUGGGCAGAUUGUAGCAUUUUACAAAGGUCUGUACUCAGUAAGCGAGCAUAAAUGCAACUCUUACCUGUCCUACGUGCAAGACCCCUCGUUAAUGAGUGUCCAGGUGGAGGUGAAGCACAGUAACCAUACAGGCAUGUGUCCGAGAGGUUCCUGCUCGUGGAUAAGUCCUUAACGACAUCUGGGACACUUGAAUAGAAGGAUUAGGAAAUAUGUGUGGUACCUGGACAAGUCACGAGCAUACCAACUCGACUGUGUGUGUGUGUAUAAAACGAUGAAAGUUU